UCAAAAUGUUAUGGGUGACUUAUGAAGAGCAUCUUUUCUGUAUUAAUUUUAAGUGAAAUGAAUUGACAGGUGAUUAGCAGCUUUGAACAAAUUAUCUGUAUUUUUUUGGAGAAUUAGUAGUCUGCAUAUCCAGACACACCACAUGUGUAUUUUAUGAUCAUUAUAAUAUGGGGAAUAGUCAUGCUAAUCGAGGUGUGAUUAUACAUAACAAUAAAACUGUAUUGUGCACACUCCAUGCAGGCAGGCUGAGUGGAGUUUUCCGCCGCGUUCAUAUCUGUCCCCAGUUAUACAGACAUAAUAGCCGCGUACCAGCCAAUCAGAAAAUACCAUUUGUUGUUUCCAGGUAAAUUAGAGAAUCAGUUAUAUGUGAUCUGGCUGCAGGCACGUUAUUACAUGGAUGCGCACACAGAUGAAGUGUCGAGGAGGGGGAAGUGGAACAGCAAGAUCCGAUCAAUGCGGUAGGCAGGGACCUCAAGCCUCACACAUUGACCGUGAGAGACACGCUCCACCCCUGACAGAUCUCACUCCAAUCUUUCGAAAACUUGAGACCCUUGGUCAGGGCAGCUUGCCAGCAUUGCCACCAAAUUAAGAUGCCUCUUUGGUGUGCGGUACGUCACAAGAUGGUGGCCAUAUCCGAGACAGCAGAGAAAGGGGGCAGGGCAAUAACCCUAACACCACAGUCAGCAUCACUUAGGUAAUUUCCUUCCCUUUUAUUCAUGGUCAGCUACACUCUGACUAUCCCUACAGACACUUUACUGACAUGCAGUAACUACUUUAACAGAACACAUCACAUCCCGGUGUUCUGCACAUGGAGAAGCGGGACUGAGUGUUCCUGUAUACAUGUCUUGCACCUUUUCCGUUCUCUGUGGCAGAAGAGAUACAGAUGAGGAAGUAGAUGGAUAUUUGUGAUAUCAGACCAGGAAGAAAGAGCCAGUCUUCAGAGGGCUGGGGUCUCUGACAGACUCAUUCAUGGCUCCUCUCCUCUUCCUCCGCCACGUCUUCUUCAUUAGGCUGCCAGAGAUUGGUGGAGUUGGCGAGAUGGACGAGUCUCAGUCUCUGUCAAUAGAGGUUAAAGGUCGGACUACACCCUGGACAGGAUGCCAGUCUAUCACAAUGAAGACAUACACUACAGGCAUUUCAGAGAGAACAGAUUUCACAGAGGAAACCUGCAUGGAGGGGGCAGGACUUGCAAGCUGCACACUCACAGACCAGCGGUGUGAGAGAAGAGUGCUCCUCACUGAGAGACAUAAAAGGAUAUCAGUGGUAUCAGAGCAGACCAGGAAGAGAGAGCCAGUCUUCAGAGGGCUGGGGUCUCUGACAGACUCAGUCAUGGCUCCUCUCAUCUUCCUCAUCCACGUCUUCUUCAUUAGGCUACCAGGUGGUGACAGUGUGUGGACGUUCAGAUAUUUAACUGCACAGAGUGGAGAAUCUCUCACCAUCCCAUGUUUCUAUCAUCAGAAAUAUAAAGACCAUGUUAAGUACUGGUGUAGAGGGUCUAACUGGAAUUACUGCUCCACAUUGGCACGUUUUGACUCCAAUCAGCCAGCAGGGAAAGUGUCACUCAGUGAUGACCCCGCCCACCUGGUCUUUAAUGUGACCAUGAGGAACCUGGAGACAAGAGACUCUGACAUCUACUGGUGUGCUGUAGAGAUUGGUGGACUUGGUGAGAUGGACGACUCUCAGUCUCUGUCAAUAGACGUUAAAGAUGCUCAGAGUGUGAGGACUGUGAGCUGGGUAUCUGCAGAGAGAGGAGGAUCUGUCACCAUCCCAUGUUACUAUGAUCAGAAGUAUAAACACCAUGUGAAGUACUGGUGUAGAGGGUCUAACUGGAAUUCCUGCUCCACAUUGGCACGUUCUGACUCCAGUCAGCCAGCAGGGAAAGUGUCACUCAGUGAUGACCCCGCCCACCUGGUCUUUAAUGUGACCAUGAGCAACCUGCAGGAAACGGACUCUGACACUUACUGGUGUGCUGUGGAGAUUCACAGGGCAGCAGAUGAUUGUGUCUAUCUACAGCUGAUGGUGAUGGAAGCAAAAGGAGUUUCACAAACGCCCAAACAGGGAGAGCUGACUACAGCUUUACAGCAGACAGAAAGUAUUACUUCAUCUGCACAGCAGGGAGACGGUUUAACUUCAGCAACAAACCACCCAACAGGAUGGGCUGUGACCACACGUCCCUCUGGUGCCUUGACUUCCACCACUAAUGAGGAUUCUUCCACCACACAGUCACCAAGUCAGAUGCUCCUUCUGCUGAUUCUGAUGCUGCUACUGUUGCUGGUGGCCACUGUCAUGGUUAUCUGGAUUCUGCGAAGAAGAACCAAAACGCUGAUCAGUAACAGAAACAGACCCAGCCACCCUCAGACCACAGAUACUGGAGAUGAGCUGGUCUACAGCAGCAUGGUCUUUAAGGAACCUUCAGCCCAAAGUCCCUCUGUAGACCCCGGGGAUAAAAUGACAUUCAGCAGAGUAACUCUCCAGGACAAGCAGGAAUGCCCCCCCUCUGAUGUGACUUAUGCUGCUGUGGUGUCGAAGAAGGAUCGGAUCUCUUGAAGUCCUUCUUUAAGUCUGUCUGCUGCCUGCAAUAUCCUCAGAAAAGGGGAAGUGUAUCUGAAGGAGACGCCAUUUGUGGUUAUUUGUGUUCUUCCCCAUUUGAUGAG